AUGGCGGCUUCCAGUGUAAACAUUUACUCUCCGCUUUCAAGGCUUAGAAGAGAUAAUCAGACGUUACUAUCACAGCUGAAACAAGGCCAGAAUGACACUUGGGACGUUCUGAAAAGAAUGAGGUCGGUAGAUGAUUCAUUUGUCACAAGAACCGACGGUGAAUCGAGCUUUACUUAUCGCGGGGCUGACAGAACGCCCGCCAGCGUGACUCGAAGAGCUGAUCAAGGGUCAACUAAGGCGGGUCAAACGAGCACUCCGAAAAGCUUUCGACAAGCUUUGAUGUCCGGUGGAAAUGAUAGAAGAAACAGGACUUCUGUGGUGCCGGUGUCGAUUCUUUCCACUCCAGGAAACCGUAAGAAAGUCAGUAUUCAAACAAAUGUACACUUACGUACAUGUUAGUUCAGCUAUAGUUUCUUAGUAGUCUGGGUCAGUUUGCAUCCUAGUUUCAGUGUUAGAGAACUGGAAGCUGAAAAAUGUCCCGUGAUUAAUUUUGUUUAAGCGUUUAAUUUGUUUUACAGGAUAUGCAACAACUUUUGCAAAUUGUUUAAAACGUCAUGAAUAUUCAAUGCAACGCAAAAUUCUUACUGUACUCUUUGGUUGGUAUGCGGUCACUUCGAUCAGAUCGUUCCAAGCCAGAUCGUUCCACUUAAUAGUCAUAUAGUUCCACAAUAUUAUAGUCAGAACUUUUCACGAGUCUUUAAGCCUCGAGCGAAAACAAGGGCGCACCUAGUGUAAGGGUUAAGCCAUAACCCAAAAAAAGCGCCCUUCACAUCGAGUUUUACAUGGCCUUUUCUUGAAAUAUCUGGCCCCCAAAAGUGGGUUGUAGGGGCCACUUUGGCCCUCAAGCAGCAAUUUCUAUUCACGUGGAACGUGUCUACAGUCAUUUCGCCUACGAGUCGUUUCACCAACGUCCUGUUCGCUAACUUCUGAAGUCUUUUCGCUUUCGUGUCAGGUCAGUUCCCUAACUGCUUUCGCCCGAUUAGUGGCUAAAAGAAGGAGGUACUGUAUGUACACGCGCAUCACACUUUUUUGUAUCAUGGAUGAGAGAAUAAAUUUUGACUGUUUUGUAGUAGAUUCAUCAUAUAAUUUUACAUUUGACCCUUUUGGCCUUUAACUCUUGUCUGUCAUUUGCAAUAGCUAAAAGAAUUGAAUUUCUGUCACUGAGGCAAAGAUGUCUUUCCAGUGAAAAAUCCCUACGCUGUAGCCAUGAGGAGCAAGGAGAAAUGGCUAUAUUCACAGGCUAACCUGUUACUUUCUAUUUCAGACACCUAAGAAAGCCCUCCAUGUAAGUUUUGAACUUUCACCCCAUCGUGAGCGGAGUGUAGUUGGUAAUGAUGACAGACGAAGGUCCCUGCUUGGUUAUGAUUGGAUAGCUGGGAUGCUGGACAACACAUCAUAUCUUUCGGAGAAACCAGACGACUAUUUUGAUGAUCUAAAGGAGUUUAGGAGAGUUAAUAAGGAAGACUGUUGUGGAAAAACGGUUGUAGAGUAAGUGCUCAGUGAUCAAGAUUGUUUUCAUGUAAUUUAAAUCAUUGCAUUCUAGGGUAUUGUUUGUCAUAUUGUGGCUGCACAUGUUCGAGAUGGUGUGUGAUGCAACCGUACGUAAAAUAAUACUUCAUUGGCUCGCAUACAACAGACAUACAGUACCAACAAACAUGGAAAAAAAGGGGAGUCUUUAGAGUAAGAAAUUAGCUGCUGCAUGUGAUUUAAAUUGCUACUUUUAUAUCCUUUUAUUUUUUGGGUCAGCAGUUAUUGGCUUUAGCUGUUGCAUUGUCCCUGCCCAAAUAUUUAAGUUAUUAUUAGUGUAUUGUCACGUUCUUAUUAUUAGUGUUUGCAUAUCUUCAGUGCUUUUUUUUUGUAUUCUUCUGGGCAAUGCUAAUAAAAUAAAAAAUGAUAAAAUAAAACAAAAAAGAAUUGCUUUUUUCAAUCAUUUUACUCAAGAAACCACAUGUACACAACACGAAACUACACGAUCUGCUCCCAUUAGGCUAAUAAUUGUUAGCUCAAUCAGUAAGAGUGCUGCACUGGUAUCGCAGAGGUCAAGGGUUCAAAUCCUGUACAAGCCUGAAUUUUUGUCAGGCUUUCUUUUGGCAACUGCAAAAGUUGUGUCUAUGUACAAGUGUAACUGUGAUCUUCUUUCAUAUAAUUCUUUAGUCCGCAGUUCUCUUAAUGAUUUUCUUAUGUUCAUAACGUCAUCAUACAUGCACAAUGCUGAACAAGAAAGGUAGUACAUGUAUUCAAUAAACUAAAACAUGAUGCACGAACAAGCCAUGCACACAUGUAUGGGUACAUGUACACCUUCAAGUCAGUUUGCAUGUACAUGUACCCGACUGUUCCUUGUUUUGAUGUUAUUAUUGUUGUUGGUUUGUUUUAGCCUGGGUGCCUAAUUCAAUUUGGUUCAUGUACAUUUUGUUUUGUUUUUUUUUUAUGUAUUUUGGGAAAAAAUCAAUAGUGAAACUGUCAAUGACUACAGUAUUCUCCCUAGGAUUUUGGAAAGGCCAGGGGGCCUUCUGACUCAGAUUUUUGAUACUGCUUGAACAGUAAAAAAAAAUCAAUUUGCUUUGACAAGCUUUUCUUUUUUGUUCCACGUAACUUGGGUUGACUGUCUGAGUUUUCCAUUGUGAGUAAGUUGUGAUACUGCUUAAAAUGUCAGCACUGGGAUUUCAGUUCUUACUCCGCAUAAGCUCCCUGAAGGGCCCUUAUGUUUGUCGGUCAAUUUCAAGAUGGCUGCUGUUUGGUGAAAUGAGUGCAUCACAGGUUAAACAUAUUUAUCUAAUAGUACAUGUAACUCACUUUUACAAUCAGUUGAUUAGGAGAAAACGCACAAGUAAAAACACCAAGGUCAAUGUUUCAUCAACGUUAUUGAUUGAUUUUGUCGCUGAAGUACCUAGUUCUAGAUGUCAACAUAAGCAUCCAGUCGGAUAAAUCUUUGGUUUUAAGCCAGGCAGCAACAAUUUUCCAGUGAAUUAAGCCAGGCUAGCCUAAAAUACCUAGGGAGAAUACUGGACUAUCUUUUUCAGUUACACCUGUAGUAUGCAUACAUAAUAGAUUACUCCAAGCCUGUGGAGGUGCAUUUCAGGUUCAUAGAUUCUGUACAGUGCAAGUACUGUACAUGUAGUUGCAUUCACAUUAUUUUAAACUCUAGAAGGGCUGCAACUGUUUUUUAUAUGUCAUAAGUGACACUGUACAUGUCUUAUAUAUUAAAACUUGCUCAUAUGACAUGUACACUGUAAAGCUAUGAAAAAAAUAUGUAUAAUUAUUUCUUAAUGUAAAAAAAUAUACAUUAUAUACAUUGUAACAUAUGACUUAUUUCAAUAGUUGAGCAUGUCUUGAUUUUUAUUUUUUUUUCGUCUCCAUAGGUUGCCAUAUUCUCCAUUAAAGCUCACUCCUUCAAGAAGUUCCUAUAGCCAUGCUGAAGAUGGGGUAACUUGUAAGCAUUCUUAUUGUUAUAAUGAUUCAGUGUUGUGCUCUACAUACUGUAGCUGAGCCCUCACAGGUUCCUGGUCCCGCCUAUUUUUUGCUCCAACUCAUAGAAAAUCAUAUUUUUUUAUAUAUAAAUAAAAAUACUGGGUACCCUGGAUUUCACAGAGCACUACAUUGUACAUUUCUGUAGGCUUUCUUUCAUCUUUUGUUAGAGCACAGCCAAGUGUUUUGUUCUGUUUUGAUUUGUCUUGUUAUUUAUUCUCACCUUUAUUUGAUUGUUAUUUAUUUUGUUGAAAUUUUUGAACCUGUACUAACCUCUACCUACAGUACUUACAGUACUCUACUGUAUAUUUUGCGAAGCAAUUAGGGCACAUUUAAGUACUUUAAGUACAUGUACUUGUAUCUGUGUUGUAGUUAUUGUUUUUUUUUUAUUUCAGGUAAUUUUUUUGUUUUGUUUUGUUUUUGGGUAUUUUAAUACCCAAAAAGCAGUGGUACACGGAAGAUGAUUUUUCAAAAUCUACUCAUUAAAAUUUUGUGACAUUUGAUAGAAUUUUUCUUUUAUUGCAUGUUAAAUAAUGAGAACUUUAAAAUGGAAGUUGAACAGACAAAUAUUUCAUGUCACAUUAAUUUUAAUAAUUGCAGUCCAAUUAUGUUAUUGAUUAUCUAAAAACCUGUCUGUUAAAAUUUGGUCAAAUACAUGUACGUUUCAAAUGGUAACGAUUUAUUAUAGUAAGCCGUGUGCAAGUUUAUAGGAAAAUGUAAUGAGCGAUUUUAUGUAAAUUUAGCAAAAGGGAAAUUCUAAGGUUGUAUUCAAUCGUUCAUGUGACCAUGAAAACAACGAAAAUGUGAAAUUUUACCUAUCAAUCAAAAUCUUUCAUCAGUAUAUUUUUCACUUGCCAAGUUUCAGCUUGUGAGCUGCAACGAUUUCUCUUGCCAUGAUUAAUAGUCCAGUUUCGAAUUAAAAAUCACCGUUGAAUACAAACAUUAACGACACAUUCAUACAGAGUUAGCCUCGACGUAAAGUAAAAUAUUCAGAAAUUCUGGCAAGUAAGUGUUUGAAAUUUGAAUAUACACAAUAGACAGAGUAAUAAACAGGUCUUUUUCUUGUUGGAAUUUGUGAAUACAUUACUUCAGAUGGAGGCUAAAGCUGAAAAAAUGCGUCUUCACUCCUUUAAUUCAGCGGUCAUAGCGAAUUCGAAAAUGGGCUAUUUGGCAAAUGACGUACAUUGUAUACUCACAAUUUAUUUAUACCUAACGUGUGUUCAGCCACCUUAAUGUACAAUAACAUAUGUACAUGUACAUGUAUGUUGUAAGGCAACAUUGCCUUUCAGGUUAAAUUUUUUUGUCAUUAUAAUUCCUUGAUUUUUUGCUGUUUGUUUACAGGUGACAAUGCAUACACUUUAAAUGAUCGUCUCUUUGCUGUCCCAAUCCAUGGACCUGAAACAUCCUGUUCAGUAUGCUACACUAAACGUGAGUUUGAGUAUGAAACAGAAGGAAGCUAUGUCCGGUGAGUUUUAAUGUUCCUUUCUGAACAUUUCCUUCUCCUGACUUCUGGUUCUAAAUCUACAUGUACAUGUACAUGAAAAGUGUGAUAAUGUGCAUCAAUUUUUACUAAUGAUGAAAAGAUUACAGGUAAUAUUAAUAUUCACAAUAAUGUCGCGAAUAACCACGAGUUGAAGUACACUUUUGCCAUGUUUAGUGUGUACACAUGGCAAAAAGACUGCCUCCACAACAAUAACAAAACACUGAUCACUCUCUAUCUGCACUACAUCUUCAUCUACAUGUACACUGUACCUGCAUGUCAGAAUGAAAGGGUAACAUGUAGUUUUAACUUGAACAAAAAAAUAUAAAAAAUUAAGACAGUUUAAUUCCUUUUUAAGGGUGAGCGUACCCCGAUCAUCUCUGCUCUCUCCCUACCGAUUCAAGCCUCACAGACGCUCCAGUUUUGAUCCCACUGAUGCAAUGAGUUUGUCGUCACAUUGUCUUGCCGGGUGGGAGAGUUCCAAACCCACAGUAGUUCCAAUGCCAUCAUCCCUGGAUCUCAGAACAUCUCUUCAUCAGUCACGCACCACUCUGGUUAGUGCAUAAUUGUCUUCAUGUCCAACUUAAUUGUUUGUGGCAAAGGGCAUACAGUUUUUACCCCUCCCCCAAUUAUAUAAUGAACUGAUUAUUCCAAAAAUGAAUCCGUUAGUUUAGCCACAACCAGUAUCAAAUUCAAAUCUGCAUUUCUGCAAUGCAUUAUGUGAAUUUUUUAUGAUAACUUCUUUGCUUUUAAUCAGGUCGAAAAUUCUUUGAAUUGAUAAAAUAUUAUUGCUUGGAAGACAUUUACAUCAAAUUCAAGAAACCUGACCUGGUGGAAUAUUUCAUAACAGGCUUGUGUGUGAAUUCACUGCUCAUUAAGUAUGUAGGAAUGGAAAGAUGUAUCUGAAAUCUAAUAAAAACUACCAACGGAUUCAUUUUUCAAAUGAUAAAUUCAUUAAUGGAAUCUUGGAGGGUGGGGGGGGGGGUAGUAUGGAGGGUACACUGAACUGGCUAGACUGUACCUAGUGGAUGGGAGUAGCUGCCUUCAACUUGUUUGCUAUUUUUACCCUUUAAGUGUCAAUAUCAACAUACAAAUUCACAUUACAGCUGUACUUUCCCUAAGAUUUCAACUUGCCGGGUAGAUGCAAUUAGAAGGCAGGGAACUGAUUCAACUGAAGUGUUAGAAAGUUCUUAAUUAUUUUGCUUUUUUUCCCCUUUCGUUCUUAUGAAAGUAGCCUGGGCUCAUGCUUAUGGUAACAGGUGGAAUCCCGCACCCCUAGGCUUCCCUGAAUCAAGACUGAAGUCCAGUUUUCCAUUAAAAGAUCAAAGAAUUUUGCCUUUGCCGAUCACUUUAAUAAUUUCCAUAACCUUUUCUGUUGAUGAUGUACAGUGUAUUUAUAAAUGUUGUUCCAAAGGAGUAAAUUGAUUUUGAUCACUCUUGUGACCACAGACAAAACUCCUUUACACAUGAUAAUUGUUUUCUAUCUCUCGAGACAGAUAGAUACAUGUAUCUUGCAAUUGUGGGCCGGCUUAUGCUUUUCCCGGCUAGUGGGAGUCUAACCCCUGGGUUUGCCUAGUCCCUGUACGGUGUUUUCUAAGUCCCUCUCGGUUAAUUCACUUCGGACCGCGUGACACGAAACGUUGGGCCGCGCAAAAUAAUGAGGCCUAGGGAAUAGGCAACUUCUGGGGGCUCAACCCUGUUUUAAAACUUUAUAUCCUGUACGUCCAGUUUGGGCAUGCGCAUGGUGCUGACAACCACGCCCUGUUAAUAAAAUUUUAUUUCUACACAAGCGUGAGGAAGAGGCCAUUCGCAAUCAAGAGUUCUUCAAAUGAUGCACGAAUCUUUUUUUCAUAUUAAUCAUUUGACAGGAUGCAUCACGAGCUGGCCGCUACCCUGGUUCUGUUGCUGAAAGCACUGAGGAAUUAUUAAACCGAAGCCACUCCCUCAGAUAUGGGCUCCAGGUUCUGGAACAGGAACGUGGAAGAAACAGGCAGCCUGCCCACACUACACCCUACCCCAUGCUAUGAGAACAGCAUCAAAGUAAACAUACAUACAUUUUUUUCCUUUAUUUUCGGUCUCCUUACUAG